CUCAAGCUGAAGUGACUAUUUGAUGAUUGUAAUGUUUUUAAAAGAUGAUGAUUGUAGAAAGACAUGAAUGCAGUGUGUGGAUGGUUUAAUUUGCGGUCUUACAUUGGAAUCUUAUUUAUUUAUUAGAGAGAAGCGGAAAACAAAAUGUCUUUUAAGUACAAAGAUUCAUGCUCUAGCAUAUAUAUAUGAUCUGUAAAUAGCAUACAGAUGUGAACUUAAAAUAUCCUUGCUUCCUGGAUUGAAAGUCGUUUUGUUUUGGGCUGCUUCUUAUGGGUUUUCUUUUGCUAGGUCCAUCCUUUUUUUUUUUUUUUUUUUUUUUUUUUUUUUUUAAGGCUCUUUAAGAGCAUCUUAUUUGGGAAUGUAUUUCAAUCAUUUAAAAGUAUUUUUAUUUGAAAAAAUUAUGUUUAGAUAUAGCUUAAUAAUUAUUAAAAACACUUUUAAUACUAUAUCAAAUUUAGUUCAGUAAGGAUUUAGUGGUUGGGAAUCCAACUUCCUUGAAGCCCUAAGAAAUUUAUCCCAUCGUCGACAAAAAAGAAAAAAAAAGUCCGGAAGUUAAUUUUUUAAAUUUGUGUUCUAAGUAGAGAUUCUAUAUACCUUUUUAAAAAAAAAAAAAACAAUUUCACCUAUUCUUUUAUAAAGGUCUUAUUAUUAAAUAUAAUAAUAUUAAAGAACAAUCUUGUAAAAUGAGUAACAAAAAUGCUUUAAGAAAUAUUAUUUCUAAACAUAUUGAAUGAUAUUUUACUUAUAAAAUAUAUUUUAUAUAAUGUAUUACCAAACAUCUAAUAAAUUAUUAUUUUUAACUAAUAACAGUUUUUUAGAUACCUCUACUGAUAAAAGCUCUUGUUUUAUUUUAACGAACUACGCUGCCACUAAUCACCUAAUACAUAUAUUGAUUUCUCAUUGUCAAACUAUAUAUAUAUAUCUAUAUACACAUUGAUUUGGUGUCUCAGAGAGAAAAAGGAAAAAGUUGUCAAGGCAAAAUUUUUAUCAAGACAAAAUAUCCAACUUUGAGCAACUCCAGUAGAAUAUUUUUUCUAUGAUUUUCCUUUCUUUCUUGCACUCUACUGAGAUGUGUGUAUGUUUCAUUGCGUUAUAAAAAACUUUCUUCUGCAUUAGACUGUGGAAUGGGGCUCAUUUUUGUUCCAAGUUUGUUAUGUUGUACCAUAAUUCCAAAAUACAUAUUUACUGAACUUCAUUUUGACAUUUUUUUUUUGGGUACAGUUUUACACUUAAGUACUUGAAAGUGAUUUUCUUUUGAGAACCAAGACUAUGUUUAUCCUGGCAUCAUUUUCCUCACGCUCAGUGUGCGCAUAUACACACACAAAGACGCACAAACGCAUAUAGUAAUCCAUUAUGUAUAUUUGGAAAAAAGAUGCCCCUCUUGUAAUGUACUGAUGGCAUGGAAACAGGACAAGGAGAAGAAUUGAUGAUGUAGAGGCUAUUUUCCUUGGUAAUUCCUCAUGUUAUGAACCAAUUGAAACGAAUUCAAGAAACAAAGGAUGCCCCGGCUUCUACCUAUAAAUACCAUCCUCUCACCAACUCCUCCUAUCCAAACAGAACUCUCUAACCAACACGAGCCUUUCUUACCCCUAAUUAUCUCCAAAACUCUAGCCAAAUUAUGGGUGUCACCACAUUCACUGACAAAUAUACUAGUACAAUUCCUCCCGCAAGGUUAUUCAAGGCAUCAAUCCUUGAUUCUCACAACUUGAUCCCAAAAAUCAUGCCACAGGCUAUUAAAAGCAUUGAGAUCAGUCAAGGAAAUGGAGGGGCUGGCAGCAUCAAACAGAUCAACUUUGCCCAAGGUAGCACUAUGAAUUAUUUGAAGUAUCGAAUUGAUGAGCUCAACGAAGAGACUCUCACUUAUAAUUAUACUUUGAUUGAGGGAGAUGCCUCGAUGGACAAGCAGAUUGAAUCAAUUUCUUAUGAGGUUAAGCUUGAGCCAUGUCUUAAUGGUGGAACUAUCUCUAAGAUGACGAGCAAAUAUUACACCAAGGGUGAUGUUGAGCUCUCAGAAGAGUCCAUCAAGGCCGGCAAGGAAAAGGCCAUGGGAAUGUACAAGGUUGUCGAAUCCUACCUCCUCGAAAACCCCAACGCCUAUGCAUAAUGUUCUUAUUCUAUGGUCUCUAGCUUAAGUGUUCGGUGCACUAAUGCUGCUUUUUGCUUUUGUCCGGCUAAUUGGCAAUAAUUGCCUUUGUUACAAUAAGAAUUCCACCCCUGCUUAUGAACAUGGGGGAAUUAUGUUUUCCUUUCCACAUGAGAAUAUCAUAUCUCCCUUUGUUUUGAGGGGAAAAAAUAAAAAGAAAUAAAUAAAUGA